AUGUUUGAAUUACAACUGGAAAGUGAGAAGCAUAAAAAAAUUGGUAUGAGCAGCUGGGCAUUGAUGCAAGUAGAUGAUUUGAUGAAGUAUACUAUCUUAGAUUCAUAUACAGGAUUUGUAACUCGCAAAAUACAUCCUAUCAGUUCGUUUACUGACGAAAACAAAAAGGCUGCAGAGAAAAUUAUUUUAAAAAGAAUGGUGAUUAAUGACAAAGAAAUUGGAAAAGUAGAAGAAGCAUUGAAAACUUUAUUUCAGCAGCAUAAAUUAUAUUAUCAUUUUAGCAUCAAAUAUUCUACCUGGGUUAAUGAACCCAUGAGAUUUUAUUUAAGAACAAUAUCUUCUGAUUCUCUAGUAAAUAUUCAAGAAUGUAGGCGUUAUGAAAAUGAAAAAAAUGGUCUCAAAAUCAUUGCCAAAACAGAUAUUGAUAAGAAUGUUGAAAUAAGAUGUUUAGCAGGAAUUUAUAAAACUAUGGAUACGAAAAGAGAAGAUUUGUUAAGAGAACGAAAACUUAACUUUUCAAUUAUUCAAAGGACAAGAAAUAAUGAUCCAGUACUGAUGUUAGGAACUGCAGCACUAGUAAAUCAUGAUUGUUAUCCCAAUUGUAUAUAUUUCACAGUUUCGAAACAUCUUUUGAUUAUCUUAACUACUAGGAAAAUAAAAAAAGAUGAAGAGUUAGUCACAUAUUAUGGUCAAAAUUACUUUGGACCCAAUAACAAAGAAUGUCAAUGUGCUACAUGUGAAAUGAAUGAUAAUGGUUUUUUUUCUGGAGGUAGUAGUGGUUGCAAUCUACAUGAAAGCCAAAGUAUUGUUCAACAAAUUGAUGAAAACAAUGUAGAACAAUUUAAGAAUGAGCUCGUUAUUAAAGACUGCACCAUUCAACAAAUUGAUCCUAAGCAUAUUCAUAUGCCUGAUGAAAUUUCAAGCUUUUAUUCAAACAGUAAACUAGAGAGUAAAUCUAGUUUCAAUAAGGAAUCUGUUGAAAGCUCUCCUAAAAGUUAUUCUGCUUUAGAUAUGAAAUCUGAUAUGACACUAUGUGGCACCAUCGGCGAUUUUGUUUGCAAUUCACUGUAUCAAAAAUGCUGA